AUGAAAUCCGCAAACGUUCAUUUGGGAAAAGAUUUACGAGCAAAGAUUGCAGACUUUGGGUUUGUCAGGGCUACAACAGAAGAGAGAGAGAGAACCAAUAGGUACCAAGUGUGUUGGAACUCCAGGUUACAUGGCACCGGAAUUCAUGAAGGGAAAAUACUUUCAAGGAAGGCAGAUGUGUACAGCUUUGGAGUCAAUUUGUUGGAGCUAAUACGUGGUGAAAAGGCCUAUGACAACAACAAAGACAUAUCCCAAGACUACAUUGCCAUGUGGUUCGAAAAGAGGAAAGAAGACUUCUGGAAUUCCAUUGAAGUGGACAUUGACACAGACCAUGACACACAACAAAGCAUCAAGGAGGUAGCUGAACUAGCAGAGAUAGAAGGAACCAGGCAAGCAGCAGCGGAUCUUGAUAUUGUUCACCCUUCCAUGUAUAGUUACUGUGAUCAUCAAUGA